AUGGUCUUCGGCCACACGCCGCCGGACCGGGCUGAGGCAAUGGGAGGGGAGGCCUGUGCGAGGCAGCCGGGCGCGGCGGUGGUGGGCGGAGGGCAGAGCCAGAACGGCGGGCAGCCCGAAACGGCGCGUGUGACAAGACGUCGCCCAUCUUCUGCCAGGGAAAGGGGACACACACCUCUCUGCAAACCCCGACGCCCCCUCCGCGUCCGUUUUACUGCGUGGGAGGCGCAGCAGCUUGGGGGGCUCCUGAGGGUGCCUGAGGUACACCUUGCCUUGCCCACCACGGCCUCCGACUGUGCUCCCACCCCCCGUCACUUCGGCUCUCCCCGGCCCUACCGCAGAGCCGGCUCCGCUCAGCACCGCCCCGGCCCCGACUGCACUUUCCGCGCAACUCACCGCCGGGCAGAACCUGCCUUCGGAGAAGUGAACCAGCUCGGGGGGGUGUUUGUCAACGGGAGACCCCUGCCCAAUGCCAUCAGGCUGAGGAUUGUGGAACUGGCGCAACUGGGUAUCAGGCCGUGUGACAUUAGCCGGCAGCUCCGCGUUUCUCACGGCUGUGUCAGUAAAAUUCUGGCUCGCUACAACGAAACCGGCUCCAUCCUACCGGGGGCUAUCGGAGGCAGCAAGCCUCGGGUCACCACCCCCACAGUGGUAAAACAUAUCCGGACCUACAAACAAAGAGAUCCGGGCAUCUUCGCCUGGGAGAUCCGGGAUCGCCUGCUGGCCGAUGGCGUGUGUGACAAGUACAACGUGCCGUCAGUCAGCUCCAUCAGCCGUAUCCUCCGGAACAAAAUCGGGAACCUGUCUCAGCAGAGCCACUACGAAUCCUAUAAGCAGCACCAGCCGCCCCCACAGCCUGCUCUGCCCUACAACCACAUCUACUCGUACCCCAGUCCCAUCGCUGCUGCAGGAGCCAAGGUGCCCACCCCUCCCGGUGUGCCAGCGAUCCCCAGCACCAUGGCCAUGCCCAGGACGUGGCCGUCCUCCCACUCGGUGACGGACAUCCUGGGGAUCCGGUCCAUCACAGACCAAGCAGUGAGCGACACUUCGCCUUACCCCAGCCCCAAGGUGGAGGAAUGGAGCAGCCUGGGACGAAAUACCUUUCCCACCCCGGCCCAGCACGCCAUGAACGGGCUGGAGAAGAGCUCCCUGGAGCAGGAGGCCAAGUACAGCCAGGUGAUCUGGAUGGCACCCCAUUCGAACCCCAUUUGUGAGACCUGCCUCUUACUGGCCACCUGCUUCCACGGCCAAAACACAGUGCCCUGCCCACCAACCCACAUGGCUUCAGGGCACUCCACCCGGAUGAAACUAAUAAAGAAAGUCAGAGAGGCACCAAAUGGCCUCCCAGCUGUCAGCAGUUUCGUGUCAGCACCAGCCAUGCCUCCCUAUGCCACACCAGCCCAAGUCUCACCCUACAUGACGUACAGCGCUGCCCCCUCCAGCUACAUGGCCGGCCAUGGCUGGCAGCAUGCUGGGGGCACCCCGCUGUCCCCUCACAGCUGUGACAUCCCUGCCACGCUGGCGUUCAAGGGCAUGCAGACAGCCAGGGAGGGUAGCCACUCAGUCACAGCCUCUGCUCUCUGA